CUGGUGUUUCCGCUUCCGGCGGCUUAGCCCCAGCCGAGAGAGAAAGAAAAUGAGCCCCCUCUUUGACGGGGUUUCACUUGCACCCAACAGCCCCGGGCAUGACCCCGACCUGGUGGUUUUGUUUGAAAUAUGAGCCAAUAAUCCUUCAAAAUGGCAGCGCAGAAGGCCACGGCAGAGACGCAUGAACUUCCGUGUCGCCCACACCUGUCUUCGGCCAGCACUCGCAUUCUCCUCAACGACUCAUCAUAUUACCGGUACCCUCGCUAAAACAUGACAUCCAAAGAGGAGGACGCUUCGGCUGGCAAAGCGCGUUCGGCCUCGCCCGUCGGAGGCGGCGCUGGCAGUCAAACACGAGAGACUUCGCUGUCCAGUGCGGGCUGGGCCCCCUUGGGCACGGUCUGGGCCAAAGCACGUUCGGCCUCGCCCGUCGAAGGCGGUGGUGGCAGUCAAACACAAGAGACUUCGCCGACCAGGCGGGGCUGGCGGGGCUGGGACCCCUUGGACACGGUCAUUGCCAGUCCGACAUGCCGCGCUCUGUGUUGCAAGUCCGGCGAGGGCUGGGUCCUAUUCCAUCGGGAUCUCGAGCACUAUAGAAGUGGGCGAGAUGACCUGGCCUUGGAUCGGUGGGCUUUGAGUCACUUGCGAGGUUCCGUUCCCGAAGUUGCCAGGGAUAUGGUGAGGCGGGGCCUUGCGGCCUGGGAUACGUUGCAUCCCACAGUCCGAGAGAGGAUGAGCCGUUGGUCUCCCCUCGCCAGGCAGCUCUGGGACUCGCCUUUCCCUGACCAUCAAGAGGCCAUGGUCCGGGCUUGGAUCUGGCAUUAUCUUGAUGACAAUAUCUUCUCGUUCUCGGGGGACGUACAAGGUGACGAACUUGUCCCCUGUGCAUCUCCAGUGUGGGAGCAUGUUCGGGCGCUUCGCCGGGCCCUGGAUGGAUUGCGUACCGGCGAAAAGCAGUCAAGGUUCCCAGAAGAACUAUGCCACCAGUUCCACAUGCUGAGGCGCCUCACAGAAUCCCUAGUGGUGGACGGGCUAGGGCUAGAGGAAUAUAUUACGGCCGCCGAUUUUAUUCCUCACUUCAAGAAGUCGCUUAGGCUCCUCGUCGACGACGGAUAUACCAAGAUUCCGGAUCGGGAUCACGACGCGAAUUGGGAUCUCAUAUGCGAGGACCCCGACGAUGAGGAGCAUGAAGUGUGCGACAUGAUCAAAGACAUACUCUACUACGCGUUGAAGUUGAGGUUGUUUAUCCACGGCAUGCUUGCCAGCUACACGAUUAGGUUCACUCCAAUUGGCAGCAAUAGUCUCUGGGGGUUUCCGGUCGACCGUUACUGGAUGAGUGUGGUAGGGACACCGGAAAUCUCUCAGUUCCCGCCCGGUGAGCGGCCUGUCCGUAUGGUGCAGCUUGUCAGCGAUCCGAUGCUGGUGAUCAGCGGCAAGGGUCGGAAAGGCUACGAGAAGGACUUCGAGCGCUGGCCCAAACAAAAAUUGCGAGUUUUCGCGCCAUGGUGUCGUGACGGAGAGGUCCUAGCAGAUUAUAUUGGCGAUGAGGACGAGGAGAAGCGUCUAUGGCCCAUCCUGGAGAAAAACAGGCAGGAGCGGAUGGUCAAGAGAUUGCAGGAAGAAGAGGAGCAGAUGGAGGAAGUCGAGCAGGAGAAGAGACCGAAAAGGGCCCAGGAGAUUGUUGGGCGGGUCGCCAGGUCCAUGUCGGCAAAGGGUGCUGAAAGGGUGAAGAGACCGAAAAGGGCCCAGGAGAUUGUUGGGCGGGUCACCAGGUCCAUGUCGGCAAAGAGUGCUAAAAGGGUGAAGAGGGCGGAUAGGGAGGCGGCGGAGCAGAGGCAGAAAAGAGCAGGGAGCGCAAGCAGGAGCAGGAUGAGGCGGGUAUGAAAGGGGGGAAGCUAUAGCGUGGAAACAAGGAUCGUAUGGGACAGGAGACGAAGGAUAAAAGAGGUAGGCACCAGACUGUAUUUUUGCUGUUGUUUGGGGCUUCGGUUCCUAUACUGUUUUGAGACGGAGAGUCGAUAAGAGCACGCUCAAGCCGUGACGUUGGCAAGCAGCCAGUUGAUUCCCUUGCCUCCCGCACCUGUGUUCCCCAAAC